GAGGAAGAGGAAGCUGCUGUUCUCUGUAUUGACAGAUUAAAGGCGAAUUAUUGAAAAUAUCCCUUUCUGUAGCUCAGAACUUGGAACGUUUCUUCUGCACUCUUGAAUCUAUGUAAACAUGAAACUUGAGAGGGAACUGGUGUUUGGCCAAUUAAGCCACAAGCCUGAUUUUAAAUCUUUUGAUCACAACGAGAUUAAUCAGAAUUCCCGGGGAUUAGAAUCAGCGAAUUGGAUUGGAAAGGAAAGUCAGAACAGAGUUUUGUUUGAUUCGAAGGACAAUGGGGAAGAUGCUGGUCAAAUUGAUGCACUUGACUUGACUGCGACAAACUUUGAUUGUUCAAAGAGUGUGGAUGAUUUGAAAACCUGUGAUGAAGGUGAAAUCAAAGAUUUUGUGCCUGAAAUAUCUUUAGAGAAGCAAUCAGAUUAUUAUAUGGACAAAAGUGUUACAGAAUACAACUUGCCAGAACUGAUAGUGUGUUACAAAGAGAGUAGUUGCAAUACUAUCAAGGACAUCUGCAUUGAUGAGGGAGUGCCUUCCCAAGAGAAGAUCUGGUUUGAGACUAACAUGGAUGAGAAAGCAUUUUGCAAUUAUUUGUCCCCUGAUGAGGUUCAGAAAAAGCAACCGCUUCAACAACAAAUGGACAUUGUUAUGACCAUUCCAGAAGAUUUCAAGUCUUCUGCACAAAAAUAUGACGUAAAGGAGGAUUUUGUCAUUUCUAGUGAUGCCAAGGAUAUGGUGCAGAGAGGGGAGGCGAUGUAUGAUGCAUCAGAGAAAACUGCAAUUGAUGUUUCCAGAGACAUAUUUUCUCCUGAAAACGAGUUGUCAACGCAUGACUUGUGCACACAGAACUUGAACUCCAAGUCUUCUAGUAAGGCUAGCAGUGAAGCUGACCAAGAUACUGUUCAGAUGUCGACUGACAAGGAAAAUGAAAUAGCACAAACUCACUGUAGUCCUCUGGUUUCAGCAACGGGGGAAUCACUCUUGAAGCUAGAUCCUGUUCCUUCAGCUAUAGAACUAAAUUGCCAUGUCGAUGAGUUAUCAGACAGUAGUAAAGUGGAGAAUGGAAGCAUUGCUGUUGGUGUGGACCGUUCGGCACCUGUAUCGAUUAGUAGAUUCCCAAACCUGGAUCCUGUCUCUUCCACUGAACUAUCAAACUGUCUUAUUGAUGAGUUGUCCAACAAUGUUAGAGCAGACAAAGGAGGAAGCAGUAAUUGUGGUUUGAACUGUUCAGACAUUACCGAGGAUGUCUGUACAGAAAAUGGGUUCAGCAAACAUCUUGAAACUCAAAAUAUGGCUGAAGUUGAUAGUGAUGACAUAUGUGAAUCAAAAAUCAUUUCAAGCAAAGUUCUGCCUUGUUUAGCACCUGUGACUACUGGCAGAGAGGAUUGUCCUGAAAAUGGUGCUUGUCAACGUCCUGAAACUUCAGAUACAUCUAUGGUUGAUGAGGACAUUUCUGAUUCAGAGAUUGUUUCUAGCCAAGUACAGCAUUCUUUAGUCGCUUCGACUAUUGCCAAAGACGAAUGUCCUAAAGAUGGGGAUCAUAAUGCACAGAAUGUUCCGAUCCAAGUUGAACGUGAGCUGGGAGAGUCUGGGGAUCAUAAUGCACAGAAUGUUCCGAUCCAAGUUGAACGUGAGCUGGGAGAGUCUAGUUUCUCUGCAGGAAUUCCUUUCGCGACUCUUAUAAAUUAUAAGGAAUCAAUACCUUAUUCAGGUACACACAAUGCUUCGAGUGAAGUGCAACAUGAUCAAGGGGAAUCAAGUUUUUCAGCAGUAGGUAACUCAUCGAGUCUUAUAAAUAGUUCGGGACCAAUACCUUAUUCUGAUUCAGAAAGAUUCCUUGUUCAACGUGAUCUGGGAGAUUCGAGUUUUGCUGCAGUAGGUCAUGUCUCAAGUCUUAUAAAUAGUUCUGGACCAAUACCUUAUUCUGGCAGUAUCUCCCUUCGAUCAGAUAGCAGUGCAACCAGCACCCGCUCAUUUGCCUUCCCUGUUAUGCAUCCGCAUGAACCAUUCAGCAGUCCAGUGAGAAUGGCAAAAGCUGACCGGAGGCUUUUGCGUAAACAUAGGGGUUGGAAGCGGGGUAUUUUCUGCUGUAGUUUCUGAAUGCCUCUAUGUUCUUAGUUUUAAGAUGAAUAUAUUGAGCCUAAAAUUAUUUAUCGUCAAUACAUACUUCAUGCUUUCUGUCUUGGGAUGUAAUUUGCAGUAGGAUUAUUGUAGGGGUUUAUGCGUGCACUUUAAGGUGUAAGCAGUAUCUUAUAAUUUUUUCAUUUUCUCAUUGGUUUAUUUUUGAUUGUCGAAAAUAUUUUCAGUCCCUGUAAAUCUAUUAGAUUGUCGAGUUCUAUAAGAAAAUUCUCCUCAUUGAGCUGCUGGUUUGGUUUAUCCUUGGUGGCCUGGUCCU